AAAGCAAAGUACUCUGUGGUCAAAAGUGUCAAAUGUCAUUAUUUAUUUUUGCACGAUCUAGCUGAUAAUAUUGAAAUCUUUAUUUCGUGAAUAAAUUAAUAACUUUUAAAUAAUAAGGAAAGAACCUUGAGCAUAUUUAUUAUAUAAUACUUCCAAACACAAACACGAAAUGGGUAACUGGAAACUGGAAGUAGCAAGAAUGGCUAUGUAUACAUCUUUCCCGGUAGCUUUAUUCUUCUUUUUUAAUCAGCCUACGUAUUUUGAAGAGUGGGUUACGAAUACUAAACGGCAAAUCUUCCCACCAGAGAAUGUAAAAGACAGAGAAGCCUUCCAACAACUCAUCAAGGACAUGAGAAAAAAGCAAAUGCAAUCCCUCGAGGACUGAUUUACGGGUUACCUUUAGUGCUAGAUUUGUUAAUUUAACAUAUAUUUAAUUAAAUAUACGUGUGAAGUUUUA